UCCACAUAAACCAGACCCUCAGCUCUCUCAGAGUGAACCUGUUCUGCAACCUGUUACCUUUAGAAUUGAUCCACCAAAGACAACAGUAGCUCCUUUAGAGACACGAGGCAUUCCUCUUGUACCUAUGAUUUCACCAAGUCCUAGCCGAGAGGAACUACAGACCACUCUGGAAGAAACAGACCAAUCCACUCGAGAAUUCUUCACAACUAAGAUUACACGAACAACUGACCUGGCAAAAACAACUCAGGCACCAUACAGAUUAUACACUACUCCUGUGAGGCCCAGAACACCUGACAAACCACACAUCAGACCUGUUCUGAAUAGGACAACUACAAGACCUAUUAGACCCAAACCCAGUGGGAUGCCCAACGGGAAUGGAGUAGGAACAGGGGUCAAGCAGACACCCAAGCCGUCAGGUGCUGGUAGAAAUGUGUCAGUGGACUCUACCCACUCCACGAAAAAACCAGCCACAGUCCCAGGCACUCGCCGCCCAACCUUGCCACCUAGACCUAUGCCCCCGCGAAGAAAACCUUUGCCACCAAAUAAUGUCACUGGAAAGCCAGGAAGUGCAGGAAUCAUUUCAUCAGGCCAAGUAACUUCCCCACCCCUGAGGGCAACGCUCAGACCUACGCCACCCCGCUCGGAGAGAACAGAGACAGAGAGAAAGCAACCAACAGCUCCUGCCUCUGGGGAAGAACUUGGUAAUAUAACUGACUUUAGCUCAAGUCCAACAAGAGAAACAGAUCCUCUUGGGAAGCCCAGAUACAAAGGCCCUCACGUGAGAUACAUCCAAAAGCCUGACAACAGGCCCUGCUCCAUCACCGACUCCGUCAGACGGUUCCCCAAAGAGGAGGGCAUGGAGGGGAAUGCCACCAGCCCACCACAGAACCCACCCACCAACCUCACGGUGGUCACCGUGGAAGGGUGCCCCUCCUUUGUCAUCUUGGACUGGGAAAAGCCACUAAAUGACACUGUCACUGAAUAUGAAGUUAUAUCCAGAGAAAAUGGGUCAUUCAGUGGGAAGAACAAGUCUGUCCAAGUUACAAAUCAAACCUUCUCCACAGUAGAAAAUCUGAAACCAAACACAAGCUAUGAAUUCCAGGUGAAACCUAAAAACCCACUCGGUGAAGGCCCAGUCAGCAACACAGUGGGAUUCAGUACUGAAUCAGCGGACCCAAGAGUGAGCGAGCCAGUUUCUGCAGGAAGAGAUGCCAUCUGGACUGAAAGACCCUUUAAUUCAGACUCUUACUCAGAAUGUAAGGGCAAACAAUAUGUCAAAAGGACAUGGUAUAAAAAAUUUGUAGGAGUGCAGCUGUGCAACUCUCUCAGAUACAAGAUUUAUCUGAGUGACUCCCUCACAGGAAAAUUUUAUAACAUAGGCGAUCAGAGGGGCCAUGGAGAAGAUCACUGCCAGUUUGUGGAUUCAUUUUUAGAUGGACGCACGGGACAGCAACUCACUUCUGACCAAUUACCCACCAAAGAAGGCUAUUUCAGAGCCGUUCGCCAGGAACCUGUCCAAUUUGGAGUUAUAGGUGGUCACACCCAAAUCAAUUAUGUACAGUGGUAUGAAUGUGGGACUACAAUUCCUGGAAAAUGGUAGAUGCUGCAAUAUGCUGUUUCAUCGCGGCAAAAAUCAUUGGAAACACUAUGGUAUUUGUCACAUUCACAUAAAGCUAUUUUGUUUACUAUGUAUAAAAGUCUACAAUCUAAUUAAUAGCAACAGUAGAUGUUUAUUAUUAGAAAAGAUUGCUGAGAAUAUUUAUCGGGUUUUACAAAGUCAUUUUCGAGAAGCAAGAUAUUGACAUUAACAGAAUAACAUUUUUUGGGAAGCUGGCUCCCUAUUAUUCAUGGUAUUUUAAGAGAUCAUUUGUAUAUUAUUUAUCACACUGUUGUAAUGAUGUUCUUGAGAUAUUUUAUAACAGAAUUAACAUCAAAAAACUUAUAUUUCUUGAAAAAUAUUUACUUUUAUUGAUGUGUACUCUUCCUAUUGGUGAGUUAAUUCCAUAAAUCUCUACUUAGUUUGUAACUUAUUGGAUCAAAUUAUCUUCAGCAUAUAUAUGUGGGGGGAAAAAGGUCCUAGUAUUCACAUGGUUAUUUAAACUUCCUUUUUUUAGCAAUAGCUGAAAAGCUUUUCUGAGGAGUUUAAGUAGUUACACAUUCAUGCUAAUAUGCAUUUCCUUAAAAUACUUCCUUAAAAAUGAAGUUGAGAAUCUGAUAUAUUGUUUCAAAAGAUAUAUUGUUUUUUCUCUACCCAUCAGUAUAUGUUACAAUGUCUGAAUAUAUUGUCAAACUAUCCCUCUAAGUAAUUAUCUUCACAUUGUUUUCAUGAUUCUAAUCAAGCUGUAUACAGAGACUGAAUGUGAAGUCUGAGCACAAAAAGAUAAUAAUGCAUGAUGAGAUCCCUACCAUUUCACAGGAUAUUUACUAUAUAUUUAUGCAUAAGACCUCUAUGAAUGAAUGUAUCAGAGGAUGUUUUUGUAACUCCGUUUAACUCAAGCUGUAAUGAAAAUCUAACUCAUUUUUAUUAAAGGUAUUGUUUUCCUUCAGCUGUGGAGGGAGAUGGGAAUGCUGCACUGUUGCCCUCAAUCUAAAAGGACCUUUCCCUUUGCUUACCUUUCAAUAUGCUUCAAUUUUAUCAAUGCUACAUUUUGUAUUUUUCCAAAAAACAUAAACUCUGCAAUAAAGAGAUGUAGUUUUUUUUAA